CUGUGAGAAUACGACCAACCCAAAGAAGUCUGCCUCAUCAGCCCAUCCUCUCGCUCUGAUUAGAGGGAGUUGUUCAGUAAUGCGCCAGCCUCCGCCAGCAACCAAAGAGUUAAACCGGGGAGCCUGUUGUUGAGCGCACCAUCCAACCGGGCUGUGUCGCUAAGGGAAGACAGGCUACUUGUGGAGCAGCAACAGAUCCCCACCUGGAAAACAACCCCACAUCUGGCACGCGAUCUGAGCGCGAAGGAAUAUCUCUGCGCGUUAUUAAAUGCGCGAGCGGACCGUUAUCGAGCUUUCUUGUCUCGCGUGGAGAAGGGAAAAGUUGUCAGGAAUAGUUGUGGAUUUUGGCGGUGCAGAAUUUGGAUAAGGUUUGUCAGAAAAGCUGGUGAGGAGUGACACGUUACUUCAUCCUACUGUGCGUAAUUAGCCAAUUUUAGGUGGAAACAGCAUUGUUUUCAUGAGCAGGAGAUAAGUGCAACAUCUAGAGGAACUGAUGUAAGAAAUAUAUUCAAGGAGAAUCACAUCCAGUGAGCUUGAGCACCUGCGUUUUGAGGCGUUUGCUGAGUUUUGUAACAGGUGGUUUUCACUUUGACGCUGUCUGGCUGUUAUUUUCUGGAUCCAUGAGACGCACGGGUCAAUAUAAUGACAGGGGUCUGAAAUUAGGGCGCACUUUGCGUUAAUUUUGAGAUUUUUGUUCGAGUGGACAGCAGUGUGUAACCGAGACAGACGGCUUCUCAAUGAUAAGCUCGGUGUGUGUUUCGUCUUACCGGGGGCGCAAAUCAGGCAACAAACCUCCGUCUAAAUCAUGUCUGAAGGAAGAGAUGUGCAGAGGGGAAGACUCGGACAAAAUCAUCAUCAACGUGGGCGGCAUUCGACAUGAAACCUACAAGAGCACACUGAGGACUCUGCCGGGGACCCGCCUGGCAUGGCUGGCAGACCCGGACCCGCAGGUCAGCUCUGACUCGGACGCUGCGCCCCCGAGUGCCGAGUUCUUCUUCGACAGGCACCCGGGCAUCUUCGCCUACGUGCUGAACUAUUACCGGACUGGCAAGCUGCACUGCCCGGCGGAUGUCUGCGGACCGCUCUUCGAGGAGGAGCUGGCGUUUUGGGGGAUCGACGAGACCGACGUGGAGCCGUGCUGCUGGAUGACUUACCGGCAGCACCGGGACGCGGAGGAGGCCCUGGAGACGUUUGAGCCGCCGGACCCAGAGGACACGGACGACGACAAAGAGAUGCCGAGGCGGUUUGGCAUCGAGGACUGUCCGGACAGGUCGAGGGGCUGCUGUGAAGUUUGGCAGCCGAAGAUCUGGGCCUUGUUCGACGACCCGUACUCGUCCAGAGCAGCCAGGGGAGUGGCGUUUGCCUCUCUCUUUUUCAUCCUGGUGUCCAUCACCACCUUCUGCCUGGAGACCCAUGAAGCCUUCAAUGAACUGAAGAUGAGGACGGAGCUGGUUUUUGAGGGCAACAACACAUACGCAGUGCAGAAGCUAGAGUUGGUGACCAAGCCUAUCCUCACCUGGGUGGAGGGCGUCUGUGUGAUCUGGUUCACAUUUGAAUUUCUGGUGCGAAUCAUCUGUUGCCCAAACAAGGUGGUCUUCAUCAGGAACACCCUCAACAUCAUUGACUUUGUGGCCAUCUUGCCAUUCUACCUGGAAAUGGGCCUGAAGGGUCUGUCAUCCAAAGCCGCCAGCAACGUGCUGGGCUUCCUCCGCGUGGUGAGGUUCGUCCGGAUCCUCCGGAUCUUCAAGUUGACACGGCACUUUGUAGGCCUGCGAGUGCUGGGCCACACGCUGAGGGCCAGCGUGAACGAGUUCCUCCUUCUCAUCAUCUUCUUGGCACUGGGGGUACUCAUCUUCGCCACCAUGAUUUACUACGCCGAGCGCAUUGGAGCCAAGUCUGAUGACCCCACAGGCUCCAACCACACACACUUCAAAAACAUCCCCAUCAGCUUCUGGUGGGCAGUGGUCACCAUGACAACACUGGGCUACGGAGACAUGUACCCACAGACAUGGCUGGGCAUGAUGGUGGGGGCGCUGUGUGCACUUGCUGGAGUGUUGACCAUCGCCAUGCCGGUCCCAGUCAUUGUCAAUAACUUUGGGAUGUACUACUCGCUGGCUAUGGCCAAACAGAAGCUGCCGAAAAAGAAGAAGAAGCACAACCCGAACCCAGACGCUCCAACUGACUCGGCCUCGUUUGUGAAGUCGGAAACAAACUCACACAGAGACAGCACUCAGAGCGACACGUUUCCACUGGCUGCUGAGGAGAGCAUCAGCAGGAACCGCUCAGACUCCAAACAGAACGGGGAUGCAAAUGUGGCCCUUUCAGAGGAGGAGGGCUGCAGUCUGACCCAGCCGCUGUCCCCCAGUGAAAAGUGGUCCCUGCGCUGCUCCCGAGGGCGAGACAAGACUAAGCGAGAGGCCACCUGCUUCCUCCUCACCUCUGGAGACCCCAAUACUGAGAGCUGUAAAGACAUCCUCGCUGCCACUGGAAACUACGCUCAGCCGGAGGUCACCACGCUGACCUGAUGCUGAUUAGCUAAGAAAAGGAGAAAGAUCAUGAACUCCUGGUUGAGUACAUGUGCAGAGCUUCAGCUCUGAAUGAACUGCAUAACGGAUUCUGUUCAUUCAAGACAAGUUGGUUUUUAUUUGUCUGUCAAACAUCAAAAAUCCUGUAAUAGAAAAUCAGUUGCGUAGGAGAUUUAACAUAUGUACGCUCAUUUAAAUGUUACAAAACAGUUUGCAUGUGUUGCAUGAUCUACCAUAUAAUGUACUUUAGAAAGUGGCUACCAUUAAUAUAUCAUUUAGUUGACAUGUCGUAGCCUGUCCUAAAGGCCCUGAAGGCAUAUUUUUUCAAUCAGCUUUGUUUUGUAACUGUCUCACUCUUCCUACUUUCAAUGAACACAUUUUCUGCCAUCGUAGGAGCACUUCCGGUUAAUUCACCUCACAGAUUUCUUUCUGUUUUUUGUUUGUAAUUUUUCCUGGCUUUUCUCACAGGUUUGAAGAGGGUUGGGCUCGAUUACAAAAUGUGAUGUCAUGUAUGUAAGUGCGUCAGUCAGGAUUUCACUAUCAAGGACCACACUAUCCACGUGUUUACAGUUUUAUUAACAAAAAACUGAUGUGCAAAGCUUGGACUGGUUGUAGCUGAUCCGCUUUGCUGAUAGCGCUGCAGGGAAGCUUCGACAGGACGAACACCCUCAGGUCCCAACAAAGAGGAGAAGAAGAGAGGGAGAACAGGGUGGGAAGGAAGGGCGAGGAAUACGAGAGUAGAGCAGGAGGAGUGGGUUAAGGGGGAAUUUAUGCAGGAAGUAACACUGAUGACGUUUUGGUCCUGCUCCUGGAUCGGUGUCAGUUUUUAUUUUUUUUCUGCAUUUAGACACCGUUCCGUAGAGCAUUUAAAUUUCUAAAAGAGAAAGAGAAAAUUGGUUUUAUUUCUUUCAAAUUGACAACAAAUGUCACACAAACUGCAAAGAAUUAUUAAAAGGUGGCAAGGAAACGAUCUGAAAAUUAGUUUUUUUUUU